ACAUCUUCAGUCACUGGCCAACUACUUAACAAACAGCAUCGCUUGCUGAACAGAAUGACAGAAAUUAUUUUACUCAUUGUACAAAUAUUUUUUAUAAUUUUAGAUUUUUCCUUCUUCUGUUGUUGUAUAAUUGGUAAUUCUAUAGUAAUAUACGUAAUAAGUCGUGAUCGAAAGUUGAAAAGUAAAUCAAACUAUCACAUUUUGUCAGUAGCACUAGCUGAUCUUCUAAUUGGAGUACUAUCAAUACCACUUGGAGUGUACGCAGGAUUAACUGGUGCACCACACGACUUCCAACUAUGCUUAGUGUUAAAUUCAGUUUUAUUGUCUGUAUUUGCUGUUUCACAUUUCUCACUUCUUGGAGUGUCAAUUGACAGAUAUUGGGCUGUUUGUUAUCCUUUAACUUAUCAUGUGAAAGGAUCGACACUAACAAAGUUCAUGAUUUCAUGUUGUUGGAUACUUGGAAUUCUUUUCGGCUUUCUACCAGUAUUCGGAUGGAACAGUGGACAUUUUGAAAAUAUAUGUGACCUUAGAGUUAUAGCUGACUUAAACUACCUUCUUUUUGUAUGUGUCACAUUAUCUUUUACCUCCACAUUAACUAUGAUCGUUCUUUACUCUUUCAUUUAUCGCGCAAUUCUGAAACAAGCCAAAAAGCGAGAAGAGAUAGUCGCAAAUCAAAACGAAACAAUGAAACAAAAACAAGAAAUAAGAGCUGCACAUACAUUAGCGAUGGUUGUGGGAACUUUUAUUGUUCUUUGGUCACCUGGGAUCAUUUGUUUGUUCAUCAUUUCGUUCACAAAAAAUCGAGAAUUACAUAUAGACAUAUUGGAGUUCUCGACAAUUCUUGUGCAUUGUAAUGCAGCAAUAGAUCCAUUAAUAUACGCUUAUCGUAUGAAAAAUAUCCGAGAGGCCCUGAAUAGAUUAUUUGUGUGUUUAAGAAAAAAAGAAAAUUUACGUGAAAAUAGUGUGACAACAUCAAGUGAUAAAAGGAGUUCAAAGACGUCAUCCAUAAAAACCACAAGUGCUUAAAUAACAUGAAUGAGCGGAAAACACAUUAGAAUUAAACAAUGAUGAAUCAAGUUAUUAUUCAACUUAAAAGCUUGAUCAACAACAAACUAAUUGUGAUAUUAAAAUGAGGAAAUAAACGAGAACCAAAGUUAAUAUUUUAAUUUUGAGAUUUUCUUGCAAAAUCGUAAAUAAUUGAAAUCAUAUCUCAGUUAAAUUAGAAGAAAACUCAUGAAAAUAAUAUUUUUUUGUGGAAUUUUUUUUUAAUAUUUAAAGAGUAAUAAAUUUUCAUAUUAAAUAUUCAAGAGAAACAUUUAAAUAUUAAUGAAGGCGGAUUUUUAAAAAGUCUUU